AUGAAUUCAGCUCGACUGCCUUUGUCGAUCUUUUCCCUCCUGAUCUUCCUCAUUCUCCUUCCUCUCGCCAAUGCCUCCCCAUCACCGAUAGCGAAGCGCGAGGUUCGCGUCGACGGCAAGUCGGGGAUCAUGGGGGAAGGCACCUACCCACGCGCCACCUACAUCAAAGACAACUCGCUACUGGGAUGUUUUCGGUCAUACAAGGAUGGAAAGUUCGCACUCGAGACAGUCCGCUCGACCGACCGUGGCAAGACCUGGAAGCCCGUGGGCACCGCGAUCACUGAGGAGAAAACAAAGCACGGCCUGAACAACUGCUACCUGCACCAACUGCCCGGCUCGGACCGGAUCCUGCUGGCGUUUCGAAACCCCGAGCGCGACGCGAACGACACAAAAUACAUCAAUCAUAUCAUCCUCGUGUAUUCGUCUGAUGAUGGUGGGAAGACAUGGGCGAAGCUCGGCACAGUCGCCACGACCCAAACCACGGGGUUGGGGCUUUGGGAGCCGUUCCUACUGGACGGACUGGAUGGGGAUUUGAUGCUGUUUUUCUCGCGGGAGACACGCACCGAUGGAAAGGAUCAGAACAACAUCCUCGUUCGAUCCACGGAUGGAGGCAAGACGUGGGGCAAGGAGCAGACGAUUUCCGGCGGCGACAUCCAGAAACGCGAUGGCAUGGUGGGCGUCGCGCGUGUAGCGCCGGGUUCGAAGAAGUUGAUCGCUGUCUUCGAAAGCUUGUCGCCAAACACGGGCAUCACGUCGAUCACGUCCGACGACGAUGGGAAGACUUGGGGCAACCGGAGGGUGGUUUACAAGGGCACGAAUGGAACCCCCACCGAGGCGGCUCCUCAGAUUGUUCGCGUCGGUGACAAGACUCUGGUGGUUAGCUUCUCGACCUGGGAAGAUAAUCUGGAGGCUGGGAAGUCGAAGCCCCCGAAUGUCAAGGUCGUUGUUAGCACCGACGGAGGAGCCACCUGGGGCCAAAAGACUCUCGUACACAAGAACUGCCACUGGGCUGGAGAAGUCACGGUGGAUGGGAACAGCUUGCUGGUUAUGUGUGACUAUGACGAUGGGACUGCUGUUUCCACGCGAGUGAGCAUCCAUUGA